GUUUUGUCAGAGCUCUCUGCUAUGACCUGUCCGUCUUGGGUGGCCCUGCAUGGCAUAGCUCAUAGCUUCAUUGAGCUACACAAGCCCCUUCACCACAAGAAGGCAGUGAUCCAUGAAGGAUAUUCCAGAGAUAGAUGCAUUUAACUUUGAGAUUAUGUGGCACUGGAAUUGCACACAGGUGAACUCCAUUCAACUACUUACACUGACUUCUGGAGUUAGCGGGUUGCACCACAGCUUUUUAGGUAUGUCACAUCAAAGCGGGUGAAUGCUUAAAUGGGCAGCAAGGGCCACUUUGGUUUGUUAACUUAGCUUUUUGUUUUGCACCUUCACAGUGUUGCAUAUCUUGUUUACAGCAUGUACUAACAAUGCCAAUGGAAUCCAUUUUAAUUCCAGGUUGUAGCACAACAAUAUCUGGAAAAGAUAAAAGUGGGUUGAAACCUUCCUCAAGGCACUGUAUGCACCCUGAAUCAACAGAGAAACAAGAACCCCAGUAUUGUGGUGGCAGGCUUUCACAAAUAGCCUGCUCCCACAGAGGUUAGCAGAGCAGUCUAUUUGCAGGAGCAUGACAAUGGCAGAGCUCAGUUUAUUGAGUUUGUAGCUCUGCCAGGAACUAGAAAAUGGUAAGAAGCCUUUUGCCCAGGCAGAACAGAAACAAGGUAUGAUCCACUAAGUAAGAGGAAGAGGCAACUGUUGACACUUAGUUUUAACUGAUGAGAGCUUAUUGAUUAAAGCCAAAUUUAUUUGAUGUCACAUAGGGCUUAAAUUCAGUUGUUGAGCAGCCCACAGGGUUCUUGGGCCCAGCAUGGCACAAAUCAUUCUGCACCCCGGUUGUAUGGCAUAUUUGCCUGUCCUCCAAGCUGUCCACCAUACUCCCCAAGAUCCUUUAAGGGGAUUACUCCUUGUAGUAGGCAGGGUUAGAAUGAGCCCGCUCUAACUCAUCUGUCAUCUGCACUGUAAAGUUGUAACAGAAAUAACUCUAUCUAACUAGAUUUCUUGUCAUACAACAUAACAGUGUGAAAAAUAGCAAUCCUCAGUGGGAGAAUGGUGGUCGAAUGGUAUUACCAGUAAUGGUAUUACUGGUACACAAGAAUGUGCCUGGUAUCUUGUGUGAAAUGUUGGAGAGUAUGUAUGAGGGAAAAAUUUGGUCAAUCAAACAGUCAAAGAAUGCUUAACUUUCAUCAAAGAAUUAAGUAAUUAGAACAAUUUAUAAGAAUGGCAACAAACUGAAUCUAAAUAAUUAAAUAAUUAUUCUAAUUAAUAAUUAACUCUUCCUACCUUAUUCAGCAAACUAUGUAAUAAUGCAAUGCAUAUCCUUGCAAUUGAUUCUUUUUUCUUUACUUUUCUUCCCUACUCCUCUUCUCAUUGUAUUACCUGACAUUUCCCCAAAGAUGGCCACUCCAAAUGAUUACUUUCGGAAAGACUGGCAGAUGGUCCAUGGUGUUCCUAUGGUCUAUGCAUUCUCCUUUGAGUGGGACAGAAUUGAUAAUUUCCAGAGCAGACCUGAUGAUAUUCUGAUAUGCACAUACCCAAAAUCUGGUACUACAUGGCUAAGUGAAAUUGUAGACAUGAUUCUGAAUGAUGGUGAUUCUGACAAAUGCAAACGGGAUGCAAUUUUCAAUAAAAUACCUAUGUUGGAAUUUGCUGCCCCAGGGAGGAUGCAAGCAGGGACAGAACAAUUAGCUCGGAUACCAUCUCCUCGAAUGGUGAAAACCCACCUCCCAGUUAAACUCCUUCCUAAGUCCUUCUGGGAGAAUGGCUGCAAGGUGAUCUAUAUGGCCCGCAAUGCAAAGGAUGUUGCUGUCUCCUUCUACCAUUUUGACUUGAUGAAUAAGCUGCACCCAGAUCCUGGAACGUGGGAUGGUUAUCUGAAGGCAUUCAUGGUGGGAAGACUUGCUUUUGGCUCCUGGUACAAUCAUGUGAAAGACUGGUGGAAUAAGAAGAAUGACCAUCCCAUAUUAUACCUAUUUUAUGAAGACAUGAAAGAGGAUCCCAAUCGUGAGAUUAAGAAACUCAUGCAGUUUUUGGGAAAGGACCUGGAACAAUCAGUUGUGGAUAAGAUAGCCUACAGCACACGCUUUGAAAUUAUGAAGGAUAAUCCUACUACAAACUAUAGGAUGGUUCCAGCUGCUGUGAUGGACCAAAGUAUCUCCCCAUUCAUGCGCAAGGGAAUUGUUGGAGACUGGAAGAAUUACUUUACUGUGGCUCAAAAUGAAACAUUCGAUCAAGAUUAUAAGAGGCAAAUGGAGGAUACAACACUACAAUUCCGAACACAGCUCUGAAGUACAUUGAAACAACUGCUACAUUUCUAUACAGAAUCUUUUAGUAGAGAUUUUAAUCUCCUGAGAGCCUGCUAAAUUAAAGGCAAUUUUCUGACUUGGAAGUUUGUGUGAUGCAUGUCUGAAAAAUGUCCCAAUGCUGGACAAUGGGGUGCUUACCCACCUACCAACCCUUUCCCACUAAUUCCUUUGCUAAACAGUGAAUCUCACUGACUGUGUUGCACAAGUGGGACCAUUUACCCAGAAGAAAUUUAGCACUUCCUAAGAAAAGCUCUCAAAUGCUUGUUUCAGGUUUCCCCAGAAGCAUUAAGUUGCUGAUGCUCAAGCAGCGGGGUGGAAAAUAACUGGUGGAGGCAGAAGUAGUCUGUUGGAUUCACCUGGUAGCUGGAACAGUGCUGAGGGGCAAGAUCUUGCAUGAACUACAUUCUCCCCCGGGUCAUGUUUCUCUGUCAAUAGGCCUCUCUUUUGGCCAUUUGAAGCUCAACACACAUUUACCAUAGCCAUUGAAGUAGGAGCCAUUUUAAUUUUUUCAUCAGUCUUUUAUUUAACAGAAAACAUCUGUGUAUAUUUUGGUUUUGAGAGAAAAAGUAUUAUAGUAGUAUAAUACCAUGAUGCAAACACAUUGGCAAUGACCAGAAAGGUUUUAAUUUCUUUAAAUAGCAGUCUGGUAUUAGGGUGCUAUAAUGCUAUAUUUAUUUUAAAUAACUGGAAGUGUUGCAGUACGAAUUAAAGUAUCAACCCUUUAAAAGGGAGUGAGAAAAUAACUUUUACUUCAAAGGUUAUUAUCAGGUGUCAUUUUGCCUGCCCAGUCACUGCCCACAUAGAAACAAAGUGAAUCAGAAGGGGCCUCUAGUUCAUCUAGUCUGACCCCCAGCUCCAGCCAGCUCUGUUCAUGUAAUCCCCAACAUGUAGUUGCCAUUUGCACUACAGACAUUGAAUUACUGCAUUUCUUUAAAAGGUUGGCAUUUUAGUAUAAGUUUCAGGGUGGGUGGGGGAAUGCAAGAACUGUAGGGAAAAUACAAGAUGACCUUGAAUGGAUGAUAUCAUAUGGGAAUGUGUUACAGUGUGCAUGGGUUCCUGAAGGCCUAAGAGACCCAGAAGAAAAUGGAGAAUCAAGGAGCAUGAUGGGACUGAUCAGAACUGAGGUAUUUUUGCACAGCAAAACUGAAAGCCAGGAGUGGUUCGAGAAUGGAACAUAUUAGAUAAGAUAAGCCCACCAUGUAGCAUCCAGAGAGAGAAUGGAAUGUGGUGAACAUGUUUUUCCAAGAUAAGGGAAGACCAGUACAUCCUGUGUCUGUUUUUGCCCAGAUGAGCUCACUGUUUGAACCAGUUUGGACUAGGUGAGGUAUAAAAUGCCUGGGCUUUCCAGCUCCCAUGUGUGCCAGGAUAGCAUUGCAACUGGGCACCCACAGUCCUUGCCACCGCUUGAUCACUGCUGAAGAAGGGUUCAUUGGUUGUGUGUGAGUAUUGGAUGACCGCGAGUGUGAAUGAGGCCUCUCUUGAUAUUGUUGCUGAUGAUUGCUAAAUUUGUAUUCUUAUACUUUUGUAUUCUUUAUAUCAUAGAAUAAAUAUUGUGUUUAAAGCCA